ACACCGCCCCGCCGCCGUACCGCCGCCGAGCCCCCGGCGCCCGCCCGCCCUCCGUUGCGGCAGACAGGACGUCCGCCGUCGCUGUCGCGUCGCAGCACGACCACCGCGGUCGCCGUCGACCGGCGGCGCCCGCGCGCUCGUCCAUCGCCGCCGCCGCCGCCGCGGACACGGGAGCGCGCGCGCGCGAAUUCCCUGCUCCGCGGUCUCACCCGUCCGCGGGCCAGCAUCAACGGGGCGCCGCCACAGAACGGGCGGGCAGGAGCGUCAAGCCAGCAGCCGCCGACCAACCAACGACAGCGGUGUCGUCGUCGUCGCCGUCGCCGUCGCCGUCGUCGUCGUCGUCGUCGUCGUGUAAGGUUCGCGCGCGCAGUGUCCCUCUGGCCGUCGUCCGAGUUGUCGCCGCCGCCGCCGUCGUCGUUGUCGUUUCCGCGUUUUCGUCCGACCGACGUCGCGUGUGCCGUCGCGUGUGGCGGGCGCGCCGCCCGGUCGCUCAUUACCCUCCCCUGUGUGUGUGUGUGUGUGUGCAACACAGCUGAGCGCAGCCGGCCGACGACGCUGACAACCACCACACUUUGUGCCGCCGACAUGUGCUCGUACCGUGGCCGGUGCCGGUCCGAAAGUCUGCCGCUGACCGACACGAUCGACGUGUGCACAGUAGUGUGUCCGGCUCAAAGGUCUCACAGUCCGUUGUCGUCGUCGUCCUGUUGAACGCGUCCGAUCAGGUAGUGUCGUCUCUCGAAACUCGGAAAACCGUACCACUCCGUACCACCGUCUCCUGCUGCACGUACCGUUGCGCCGCACCGAACGCCACUCGAUACGACCGACGGCCGUUUUCCCGACCAAGCACGUACAGCGCUGUACUGCACAGCGAUGGCGGGCUGAUGACCAAUGCGCUGUAACGGAUUCGGCGGAAGGAGCUGGCCAUCGUCUGGCGGCGGUCCGCGCUGAUGUCCGGCCGCAGAUGGGAUGGAGGCGGCGGCUGCGGGAUAGAGUCCGAGGAGGAGGAGGCCGGUGUCGGCCUCAUGUCCGGCGUGCACGUGGCCGUCCGUCACCGGCGGGACGUCGUCGUCGAGGAGGAGGAGGAGGAAUCGUCGUUCGGCGGCCGGCCGGCGUCCGUCAAAUACGCCGGCGGCAGCUGUUCAGGUGGCUGCGGCCGCGGUGGAAGUGGCGCCAGCGGCAGCGGCGGCUGUGCCGGCGGGUGUCCCGGACCGUCGUCGGCGUCGUCGUCGCCCGCGUGCUGUCCCAACAACCGGACUUCCGGUGCCAAGCAUAUGCUGGUCUGGAGUCAGCCGGAACUGGACGAUUUGACGGCCGCGGACCACAACGGGUACAGCCACCGGCCCGUGCCGGCUAAAGCAUGGAUUGGCUCCCGUCACAUCGUUACGUUCAUGUUGUUCCUCGGUAUGGCCAACGCUUAUAUAAUGAGAACCAAUAUGUCCGUAGCCAUAGUGGCUAUGGUCAACCAGACGGCGCUGGAAAGGGACCCGACCAUUCCGGACGACGAAUGCGAAGGAUACUAUACACCAGCCGCUAACACAACCGUACAUAACAUUUCCAACGAAGGAUCAUUCUUGUGGAGCACGUCCCAACAGGGCUAUGUGCUCAGUUCAUUCUUCUACGGCUACGUUAUAACGCAAAUACCAUUUGGGAUACUGUCGAAGAAGUAUGGCGCCAAGUAUUUCCUUGGCGUUGGCAUGCUCAUAAAUUCGGUGUUCGGCUUCUUGGUGCCGUUAUCUGCCAACUUCGGCAUAUUUUCCCUGAUCACCAUACGUUUCAUUCAGGGACUCGGAGAAGGUCCUAUAGUUCCUUGCACACACGCCUUGCUUGCCAAAUGGAUCCCUCCGAACGAGAGGAGCCGAAUGGGAGCAUUCGUUUAUGCAGGGGCUCAAUUCGGCACAGUCAUUUCCAUGCCAUUGAGUGGCGUACUCUCGGAGUACGGUUUUGCCGGUGGAUGGCCGUCGAUAUUCUAUGUGUUUGGUGCAAUCGGCACACUGUGGUCUGUCGCAUUUUUGUGGCUCGUACACGAGGACCCCGAAUCUCACCCCACCAUACCGCACGACGAGAGGAAAUACAUUAUUAGUUCCGUUUGGGGAGCUGCCGGUGUAUCCUCUCCCCCCGUGCCGUGGAGAAGCAUAUUAAAGUCGGCUCCGUUCUGGGCCAUAUUGGUCGCUCACAUGGGUCAAAAUUACGGAUACGAAACUCUCAUGACCGAGCUGCCGACUUUCAUGAAACAAGUGUUGCACUUCAAUAUAAAAGCUAAUGGAACGUACUCGUCACUGCCGUACCUCGCCAUGUGGGUGUUCUCAAUGGUGGCCAGCCACAUAGCCGACAUGAUGAUCUCCUCGGAAAGGUUCUCGCACACUCUCACGCGCAAAAUCGUCAACUCUAUCGGUCAAUUCGGUCCAGCAAUAGCGCUGAUCGCCGCAUCAUAUACAGGCUGCGAUCCGUACCUGACUGUUGCCAUACUGACCGUGGGCGUGGGUCUCAACGGCGCCAUUUAUUCGGGAUUCAAAGUCAACCAUCUAGACAUAUCGCCGCGGUUCGCCGGAAUACUGAUGAGCCUGACCAAUUGCCUGGCCAACUUAGCUGGUCUGUUGGCCCCGAUCGUUGCCGGCUACGUUAUCGACAAAAGGCCUACCCAAGCAGCUUGGAGAGUAGUAUUCAUAACGUCGGCGGUCGUGUACAUAGUGUGCUGUACGAUUUAUUUGGUGUUUGGCAACGGCACUCGUCAGCCGUGGGACAAUCCGUCCAACGAUCAAAUGAACUUGGAGCACAAGAAAAACAAAAAAAAGAACAAGCUGGCCAUGGAUAUCGAGGACACCGUUCAAUGAACGGCCACCCCCGACGUCAUACCCACUGUCACCCUAUACACUCAACAACCCCAUAUACCCCAAACCCCUACCCAAAAUAGCCAUACAACCACCCAUUUCCCACUAAAUCAACUAUCAUCCCAGCCAAACCGCGCGAGUAUUGCAUGUAUAUUGCAUCUACAUAUGGCCCGCGCGCGUUUUUGUGUAAAAGUUUAUAUAAGGAGAGACCGAGCACGAUGGAUACAACAAUUUGCAUAUUACGCGUGGGUGUGUUUAUGUAAUAGUGAAUAUUGUGUUGGUUAACAAAACAAAAAGUAAAGCACGUCUGUGAAAAGGUUUGAAAUAUAUAUAUAAAAAAAAGGAUAAUUCUUCGUAACGGUACAUUAUAUAAUAUAAUAUUGUUGAUAAAUGUAUACACACUUUAUUUAUUAUUUCGUUUUAAAAAAAACUUAAUUUUUUUUUAGAUUUACAUUAAACUUACUUGGGUGUCGAAUCUUGACAUCAUAGAAAGCACAUUCUAUUAAUUAUAUUUAUAAUUAUAUUUUUUUAUAAUAAUUAUUAAUGAAUAAUAAAAAAAAAGUCGAUGUUAGAUCAUUAUUAUCUAUUUUUAAAAAAUAAACUUAUUUAAUGGAUAAAAUAUGAAAAUAAGUUGAAUUUUGCGUUCUAUAUAUGACUAUUUAGCUUUUUAAAAAAAAAAAAAAUAAAAAUAUAUAUGAAAAAAUUGUGAUAUUGUUAGAAGUUAUUGUUGCUCUGGAAAGUACAUAGCCUGAUGUGUUCUUGAUUUUUCUCAAAAUUUAUGUCUUCCCCAUUUAAAAACAUUAAUUCAUCCCUCUCAAUUUUCCGAUUAUAUUUCGAUAGAUUGUAAGUAAAAACGAGUAAACGCAAUAAGAUUAAAAUAUAUAUGAUUAAUUAUGUAAAUUAAAAAGAGAAAACCCAAAAAAACAUAAUUUGAGUAUUAUUAUAUGAUCUUGUGUUCCUUCGACUAGCUCAAUAUAUUCGUUGUUUUAGACAUGCAUGUUUUGAUAAAAGAUGUGCGAAAUGUAACUAAAAAAUUAAAUAAUCUUAAGCAAUAAAUAAAAUAGUUCGUAAUAUUUGUUUCUGUAGGUGACAUUUUUUGAGAGCGUGUACGGUGAACUGGGCAUUUCACGAAAGGGGAAAUUAUGCAAACAUUUCUCAUUCAUUUCUUUCACAUUUUGUCAGUAUUUUUUUUUCACAUAUAUAUUAUAAAAUUAUUAAUUAUAUUAUUAUCACUGCAUAAUUUUUUUUCCAAUGUGAUAGUUAUUAUAUUUAUUAAAUUAUUCGUUAAAAGAUUUAUUAUUAUAGUAAUAAAGUUAAAUUUUAUGUUUAAGGGUCUGUUUCUGAUUAUAUAUAUUAUUGUUGUAUUCAUUUUUAGGAUUUGUCGUUUAGUGAGAAUGAUAAUAUUACUGUUACAAAUAUUAAUAAUUAUAAUACAUUUUUUAAUUAAAAAAAAAAAAAAAAAUACGUUAUGAUAGUUAUUUAUUAGAAAUCCAUUAAAAAAAAACUCUUUGUACAAUAAAUGUUAUAGGAUAAUAUAUAUUUAUAUAUAUAUUAUAUAUAUAGAAUAUAAAAAAAUGUAUCAAUUUUUUUUCUAAAUUACUAAUAUAGUUGAGCCGAUAAGUUACCAAAAAUCAAAAACCAAAAAAUAAUAAUAAUGAUAAUAAUUGAAACGAAACUCAAUAAACUACAUAUGACGAUAAAUUUACCUUAAAUCACUGCUCUAUCGAAAUACAACAAACUAUCAAACAACAUAUUUAUAUAUUUAUUUAUAAUAUACAUGGCUCAUUAUUUAGUAGAUAGAUUAUUAUUAUCUUAACGUUAUGUUAAUUUGUUUUUACCUUAUCCUUCUAUUUAACAGGGUAAUAGUAUUAUUUAAAUUUAGGCAUAAUAUUAUUAUAUAGUACCUAACUUAAGUUCAUACCAUUGUCUGAUGAUAAUGAUGAUAAUAUUAUUAUUAUUAUUAUUAAGUAGGAUAUUUAUUUAUUUAAUUUUAUUUAUUUAUUAUAAUUAUUAUUUUUUUUUUUUACCUAUAAUUUAUAUUUUUCGCACGUUACUUAAAGCACAGUUAAUUUUUAUCACUGACUUUCAAAUUUUACUUAUUACUAGCAAGCAUAUUGAUUAUUUUUUUAACCCUUGUAUUUUGAGAAGAACGAUGAAAACAGAAAUAUUUUUGCCUCCCCGUUCAAAUGCAUUGAUAUGAAUAUAUGAUAUAAUAUGAUAUUAAUUUAUAAUAUUCUAUGAAGGCGAAAUCAUCAAUUCGCGUAUGUUCUGGUUACUAAUUAAUAUCGUUCAAUUCGAACGGGGGUCCAUUUAGAAGGAAAGGUGGGCAUUAUUUCGGAGAAAGAAACCCAGUCUUUAAUUUAAAUAAUAACAGAUAAACAAACAAAAUACAAGGGUUAAAGGAAUACCUAAUUAUUUAUUCAAUUAAUGUAUUUUAAAAAAAGCGCGACCCAAUUUAAAUGAAUAUUUAUUAAUCCGUGACCACUUGCGUGCGAUGCUGUAUCGUACGUUUUACUGUACUUAUAUUGAUAUAAAAAAAAAAUAAAAUUAAAUGACUGUUCAUUAGUGGAAAUUAUGUGUUUAUUAUUGUUUAGGUUGUCAAUUAUUAUUCUAGAAAUAAAUACAUGAGUUGUCAAUAACUGUUA